UCUAUUUUGUUUUUGAAGCAAACACAGGGCGAAACCAAUACUGUAUUGGGAAAUUUGCAGGGAAAGUUCUUGCGACGAACAAGAAGAAAAGGGGCUCAGAAUCGAAUGAAUGGAAAAGGGUCUGUGGGAAUGGAGGGAGAACCAAAAGGGUUAGAAGCUUCACUGCACCAUUUGCUCGAACUCCACCAUCAUAAAUCUCUUGUCCUUACCCAACGCACAGAGAAAGCCAAGAAGGACGCCAUCAGGAAAACCGAGCGCGUUUCUGAUCUGUUGGUGGAAGCAGUCAAUGGCGGGGUGCACGAGUCCUUCAUCAACCAGAAGCGAAUUGAGCUCGAAAUUCGAGCCCUUGCUGCCACCAUCACAAGGUUCAUGAAGCAAACUGAUCAGUGGCUCGCUACCACUCAUGCCCUCAACACUGCUCUCAAGGAAAUUGGAGACUUUGAGAACUGGAUGAAGAUCAUGGAAUAUGAUUGUAAAAAUAUCACCACAGCUAUACAGAAUAUUCACCAAGAGUGAUACUACUGCAAUUGUUCUUGCAUGUCACCAUGUAAUUCUAAAUAUCUAAUCCCUUUUCAUUCGUUUUUCUAUUCUAAGCAUUAUACCAAAUAUCAUGCAUUAGUUUUCGAAAACCAUUUGCCUUUGUUUUCAGUGUAGUAACUUCCUUAAAGAAGGAAAGAUUGAUUAUCACCCUUAUUCUUAAUAAGUUAUGUGCUGCUAUCAUUUGCCUUUGUAAA